CUUCUUAAAUCAUUAUAAUCAUUACAAAACAAUCGCAGAUUAGAAGAGAUUUAAGAUGGCUACUAACAUCUCCUUUCCUUGUGCCAUCAUAUUUUUCUUUAAUGUUUUCUUCUUUAUCAACUCAUCACACGCAAUGCCAUCGUUUAACGUACAAAGAUACGGAGCUAGAGGUGACGGAAGAACAGAUGCGACCAAGUCCUUUUUGACAGCUUGGUCUUUAGCCUGCGGCUCACGGGCUCGAGCCAUGGUCUACGUUCCCCGUGGAACAUAUUUGGUCAAAAACCUAGUCUUUUGGGGUCCUUGCAAGAACAUUAUUACUUUCAAAAACGAUGGAACACUCGUGGCUCCAGCGAACUACUGGGAUAUAGGUAAUUCCGGUUACUGGAUUCUUUUCGCUAAAGUAAACCGGAUCUCGGUUUACGGUGGCACCAUUGAUGCUAGAGGAGCUGGUUAUUGGUCUUGUAGAAAGAAAGGUAGCCAUUGUCCUCAAGGUGCAAGGUCUAUAUCGUUCAGCUGGUGCAAUAAUGUGUUACUAAGUGGUCUAACGUCGUUUAAUAGCCAGAAUAUGCACGUCACGGUUCAUCAUUCCUCUAAUGUUCGGAUUCAAAACAUAAGAAUUAGGGCUCCAAGUGGAAGCCCUAACACCGAUGGUAUCCACAUACAGUCUUCUUCCGGAGUCACCAUUAGUGGUGGAACCAUUGCGACCGGUGAUGACUGCAUUGCUCUUAGUCAAGGAUCUAGGAACGUUUGGAUCGAACGUGUGAAUUGUGGACCGGGACAUGGAAUCAGCAUUGGGAGUCUUGGGGAUUACGCUAAUGAGGAGGGUGUGCAGAAUGUAACCGUUACGAGCUCUGUUUUCACCAAGACGCAGAACGGAGUAAGAAUAAAAACUUGGGCUAGGCCUAGCAGAGGGUUUGUGAAUAAUGUGGUAUUUCGAAAUUUGAUAAUGAAUAAUGUCGGUAAUCCGGUGAUAAUCGAUCAAAACUACUGUCCUAAUGGAAAUGGCUGUCCUCGUCAGAGCUCUGGCGUGAAGAUAAGUGGAGUGACUUUUGCAAACAUAAAGGGAACAUCAACAACACCAAUAGCUAUGAAAUUGGAUUGUAGUGGAAGCAGUCAUUGCACAGGGCUUAGGUUACAAGACAUUAAGCUCACAUACAUGAGAAGAUCAUCAGCUUCUUACUGUAGGAACGCCCAUGGAAGAGCCUCUGGAGUUAUGGUUCCAAGGAAUUGUAUGUGAAAUCAGAAAUCCAAGAUUAUUUAUUUGGGCUUAUA